CCCAAAUCCAACGUCACUCUCGCCUCGUCUGGGCGCUGCUGCCUGGUCGGUUGGCAUGCGCAGCUGUCAGUCUUGACGAACUCGGUCGAGGGAGGCCAUUCGUUUUCCCUUUCGCAUUCAAAGCUCCGCGGCGGUAUAUCAAUUGUUUGCUGUCUUUAUUGUAUGUCGCGCCGGCUCCCUGAGCUUGCGUCUCCCCUCCCUCGAGCAUAAACUUACAUAACCUUUUCCACAUGUUUUGCGGUCCCUUUUGGAAGCAGCCAGGAAGGCCCCACAACCACAGCAAGCGCCGAGCGACCCGGCGCCUUCGCGACGGCGAAAGUCACAGGAUGCCGCGCUACUACGAGCCGCGCAGGGAGCAGCUGAGGGCGACGUGCCGCGAGACCCUGCAGGUCGCGGGCGACCACCUCCAGCAGCUCCAGCAGACGGCGGCCGCCCGGCAGGGGUACAAGCACAGCCUCGCCACCCUCCCGCUCCUGAGCGCGCGGCACUGCCCCAACUUCCCCCAGCCGGCCAAGGUCAGGGUCAUCAACCAGGACACGCUGAACGCGGGCAUCAGCCUCAUGUCCCAGCGCGCACCCGCAGCCGCAGCCGCGUCCGCACCCGCCCCCACAUCGGGCGCCCUCCCUGCCGCACCAGACCCGGAGGUGGCGGUCAUGAUAUUCGGCAACCGGCACUGCCCCGGCGGCGGGUGGCGCAACGGCGCGCUGGCGCAGGAGGAGGCCGUUUGCUACCGCAGCUCUCUCGCGCUGAGCCUCGAGAACGCCCAGUACCCGCUCGGCCGCAACGAGGGCGUCUUCAGCCCCUACGUGCUGGUCGUGCGCCAGGACAUGGACCGCAGCGACCACCGGCUGAUACCCGGCCCCCCCGAGUACCUGCCCGUCGUCAGCGCCAUGACCGUCUGCGCCAUCUUCAAGCCCGAGAUCUCGACCGUGCCCGUCGCCCACGGCUCGUCGUCGAGCUGCGGUAGCCGCGCGCAGGCCGAGCAGAGCAGCCGUCGGCCCGCACAACAGCAGGAUAUCCAGUCCAGCCCCGCGGGCCGUCAGUCACCCACCCCGCCGCCCCAGCGGGGCUGGGUAGGCGGGGGGAGCCGGGGCGGACAUUCUUGGGGCAACAGUGGUAGCGGCGGCUGCGGCGGAGGCGGCGAGGCAUCAGACGGGAGAGCCGAGUCUCGGACGACGGGAGGGGUAGCACCGCGGGAGAAGUCGAUAUUCGCGCUGGGCCGCGACCGGCACUACACCAUGGACAAGAUGAGGCUCGCGCUGCGCAUGGCGGCCUUCCACAGGAAGCGGUCGAUCGUGCUGGGGGCCUUUGGGUGCGGCGUGUACGCGAACCCGCCCGAGGACGUGGCUCAGUGCUGGCUCGAGGUGCUGCGUGAGGACGAGUUCCGCCUGACGGGCAACUGGUGGCGCGACGUGUGCUUCGCUGUCUACGACCCCAGGGGGGAGGGGAACUACGAGGUCUUCAAAAAGGUGCUGCACGGCCACCGAGUUUAGGGCGUUGGCAUACCAAUAUCGUGUUCAAACGUAAUUUGACAGCUUGGGGGUUUGUCUGCAAGAACGUCGCUGGCCACUUAGCACUACUGCAUGUGAUCUUUGUUUGGGUUGGACUUGGGCUUGUGGAUGCGCCCACAAGCUGUGUCCAUAAUCGUUAUCAUUUACAAUUAAGACGUCGACGCCG